GUGUCAUCGAGGGCCCGCCCACCCGCCGGCGACCCAUUUCCGAGCUGCACCAGAGCAUGAGGAUCUUAUGGAGGCCAUUUGGAUUCUCAAGAAGACUUCUCAAAGUGGAAAGCUGUAGAAUAACUGAAUCAGAAUCAUUGAUUUCACUAGCUUGGGCAUCACUGAUACAGAAGCUUAGCAGCACACCUGGUAUUUUCUUGUUGGAUCAAAGAAAAAGAUUCUCAACCAUGCCUGAAAUAGAAACAAAUCAGAGAGACUCUGAAUUGUUUUCACCACCCUCUGAUGUUCGAGGAAUGACAGAACUUGAUAGAACAGCUUUUAAAAAGACAAUCACCAUCCCGGUGCUUAAAGUGAGGAAAGAAAUAGUCAAUAAAUUGAUGCGAUCCCUUAAAAGGGCAGCACUGCAGCGCCCAGGCAUAAAACGUGUGAUUGAAGAUCCAGAAGAUGAAGAAAGUAGACUAAUUAUGUUGGAUCCCUAUAAAAUGUUUACUGGUGAUUCCUUUGAGAAAGGAGAACUCAGUAUUUUAAAGCAGCUGAAUGUCAAUCCACAGAUAUAUAAAUAUAACUUGGAACUAACAUAUGAAAACUUUAAGUCAGAAGAAAUCUUGAAAGCUGUGCUUCCUGAAGGUCAAGAUGUGACUUCAGGGUUUAGCAGAGUUGGACAUAUUGCCCACCUGAACCUUCGAGAUCAUCAACUACCUUACAAGCAUUUAAUUGGCCAAGUUAUGAUUGACAAAAAUCCAGGAAUCACCUCAGCGGUAAAUAAAAUUAAUAACAUUGAUAAUACCUACCGAAAUUUCCAAAUGGAAGUGCUAUCUGGAGAGAAGAAUAUGAUGACCAAGGUUCGAGAAAACAACUACACUUAUGAAUUUGAUUUUUCAAAAGUCUAUUGGAAUCCUCGUCUCUCCACAGAACACAGCCGUAUCACAGAACUUCUCAAACCUGGGGAUGUCCUAUUUGAUGUUUUUGCUGGGGUUGGGCCCUUUGCCAUUCCAGUAGCAAAGAAAAAUUGCACUGUAUUUGCUAAUGAUCUCAAUCCUGAAUCCCAUAAAUGGUUACUACACAAUUGUAAAUUAAAUAAAGUGGACCAAAAGGUGAAAGUCUUUAACUUGGAUGGGAAAGACUUCCUCCAAGGACCAGUCAGAGAAGAAUUAAUGCAGCAGCUGGGACCACUGUCAAAAGAAAGAAAACACUCUGUGCACAUUGUCAUGAACUUGCCAGCAAAGGCUAUUGAGUUUCUCAGUGCUUUCAAAUCACUCUUAGAUGGACAGCCAUGCAGCAGUGAGCUUUUUCCCAUUGUGCACUGUUACAGCUUUUCCAAAGAUGCUAAUCCUGCUAAGGAUGUUCAGCAACGAGCUGGAACUGUGUUAGGCAUCUCCUUGGAGGCAUGCAGUUCAGUUCACCUAGUAAGAAAUGUGGCCCCUAACAAGGAAAUGUUAUGCAUCACUUUUCGGAUUCCUGCUGCUAUACUUUACAAGAACCAGACCCUAAAUGGAGACAAUCAUGAAGAUCCACCUAUUAAACGCCAGAGGACAGAUAAAGACUUUUAGGAAGAAAAAACACAAAUUGCUUCAAUCGCUUAAUUGGAAAUAUUUUCUCCCGCUCCCCACUAGACCUUUAUGUAGUGAAAUAUCAUUUGUAUGAUUUCUAAUAUUUUAGCAUUCAGUUACUUUAGUAUUGAACCCUUAUAUUUUGCCCUAGUUGUCUUAUAAAUUGGGGAUUAUCAAAUUAAAAUUUAAAUAAGUCUAAAUACAUUUUUAUCUGUUAUAAUUAUAAUUUGAUCAUCAAAUAUAUCUAAUAUUUUAUUAGAUAAAUAUGUUUAAAUAUUGUCUUUCUCUUGGGAAAAUAGUUUUUGAAGGUAGGAUAAUUGCAUGCUAACUAGGAAAGAACUAAUCAUUUUACAGUUAUCCUUAGUUGAAGAGUGUAGCUAAGUUUUAUAUAAGUAUUCCUACACUAUUACUAUAAAAGUACUAACAAAUGAGAUUACUUAGAUCAGAGAUAGGCAGACUAUGAUAGGCAGACUAUGUCCAGCAGGCCAAAUCUGGUCCACCACCUGUUGUUGUAUGGUAAGUGACCUGAGAAUGGUUCUUACAUUUUUAAAUGGUUGAAAAAGAAUCAAAAGAAUAUUUUGUGACAUGAAAAUUAUAUGAAAUUUGAAUUUCAGUGUCCAUAAAUGAAGUUUUAUUAGAACACACCAUACUCAUUUGUUUACAUACUGGCUAUGGCUGCCCUCAUGGUAUAACAGCAGAGUUGAGUAGUUGCAACACAGACAGGAUAUGAUUCUUAUCACUUGAUACUGCUGCUCAGCACACUACAAAUCACAGUGACACAGUUAUAACUCAACAACAUUUUGAGUGCCAUGUGUAUUGCCAAGCUAUAACAUUUUAUUUUACUAUUACCAGUAUGUAUCCCUCAUUCCAAAAUAAGAACAGUGGCCAUUCAUGUUGUGCUUUUAAGGCACAGUAGAGUGUGAAUUUUUUUGACAUUGAAUUAGAUGACAAAGCAUCCACACCUGAGCUAAAGUACAAUAUACUUUGACAUUUCUCAAAGAAGUACUCAUCACAGUAUUUCCAACUCACAGGCAAGCAACUGUCAGAAAAAUUAGAUACUUAAACUGGAAAUUCAUGGCAGAAUUUCUUCACAAAAUAAAAAAUGAAAGUGAGGCCACAACCAAAGUAAGUCUCCAAGUGACUCUUUUGUUAAGCCAAGCAAGGAAAACCAUUUACUGUCUGUGAGUUAAUUGUGUUUGAAAGCAGCAGUCUAAGUAAUGUGUCUGGAGAAAGCAAACUUGUCUAGGAUUGUUGGCCUUUUGGCAAGGACAGUUGCUCAGAGUUGAGAACAUUGGGAGCACCAUCAAUAGUCAAAAAGGUAAUGAGUCCGAGUAGUUCUUUACUCUUGAUGAGUUGAUAGACAUUACUAAUAUUGCUCAGUUCUUGUUUAUUUGAGGUGUCAAUUCUGACUUUGAAGUUACUGAAUAAUUAGCCUCUAUGAAUACUCUGCACGGAACAACUACUGGUGAAUACUUUCAAAGAAACUGAGAAAACUAAUUCUGUAAAACCUGAAGUAGAAUCUGAUGUGUUAUAACUGAUGAUGGUUAAAAAGAAAAGUGUGAGGUAGAAAAAGCUCUAGUUGGAAAAAUUUACAAAGCUUAUGAAAAUGCACGGUGUUUAAAACCUAUAGUUAUUCACUAUAUUAUUCACCAGCAAGUACAUUGCAGCAAAUAUUUGAAUCUAUCAUGUGUUGGUGAACCAGUAAUGUCAAUGAUAAACUUCAUUUGCUUUCAUGGACUUUAACCAUCUUCAAAGUCCUUGAAUUUUGUCACAAAUUGAAGCUGAAUUUCUUCAGCUUAACCUAAGUUUUAUUUGCUUAUCAAUUGUAAGGUAUGACUGCUAUUUUGGGGGUUCAUGGCCAAGACUGAAAUUUUUCUUAAGAAGAACCAACCUUAAACACUUCUAAAAUACUGAGUGUCUUUGGACCAACCUUAAACACUUCUAAAAUACUGAGUGUCUUUGGAAAUUAGUUUUUGCUAAAGACUUGAUAAUAUUUCUCAAAGAUAUCAACGUACAAUUACAAGGCAAACAUAACUUUAAUGUGAAACAUACUACAGUAGUCUGAAAUGACUACAACUGUACAUUUCUCAUGCUAUCAAAAAUUAACACAAGAAACAAGAUUUUCAUUCUCUCAUAAAUUAGCAGUGGAUAUAUUUUCUGAGUUCAGCAUUCUUGGAACCUUGGUGCAAAUGCAAAGGAAAUUUCCAUAUUUCAAAAUCCAUUUAACUACAAUUGAACUUCCAUCUGAUCUUCAAUUGGAAGUGAUUAAUGUGUUAUUGUAAUGACAUGCUAAAAGGCAAAUACCAAGGGAUUAAGAAUCUCAUAGUUUUACAAAUGCCUUCCAAGUGAUGUAUAUGUUCAGUUAAAAUCACAUGUUCUAGAAUUUGGCAGUAUCUGUCUGAAAAGACUUUUUAAAAGAUGAAAUGUGUAAAAUCUCAUUACAUAU